UCUGAAUCCUAUUAUAUGUAGUGUUGCUGAUUUGCAUGCUGUAUCUACGAGAAUACUAGAGUUAGACAUGGAAUUGACUUAUAGUUUGCGGAAUUCAAACAUGUUGUGCGGUGGUAACGGCGCCAGUUUUGAGAUAUACCAGUUGGAUACAAACUGGAAAUCUAGAGGGAGGAGUUCCUGUUCUAGUUUUAGUGGAAACACAAGAAUCAAAGCCUGUUACAGAAAGAAACUUAAGUAUAUGCCUGUGUUCAAUGCUAGAUUUAUGUAUUCAAAUCUGAUUAAAGGAGAUGUUGGUAGAGAGUUGUGGGGACGGAGCUACUUCAGUUCCACUCUUAGUAAUGACUUCUACACUUCCCUGGGAACAACACAGUUAUGCUGCCAAGGCAGUGAUUCCACAUCUUAUAUAGAUGGGGAUGACCAAGGCAACAACAGGGUUAAAAGUGAUACUGAAGAGAGCCAAGGAAUGGAUAAUAAUACCAGUACAGAGUUGAAUAGUUCAGGAACGGAGGUCAGGGGUGAAGAGAAGGUGGUGCCUAGCUUGGAUGAAUUGAGAGAAGUGUUGCAGAAAGCCCUUAAUGAAUUGGAGGUCACGAGGCUCAACAGUACCAUGUUUGAGGAGAAGGCUCAGAGAAUAUCAGAAACUGCGAUUGCAUUAAAGGAUGAAGCAGCGAAUGCUUGGAAUAAUGUUAACUCUACCUUACAAACUGUUAUUGAGAUUGCCAGUGAAGAAGCUGUUACGAAAGAAGCUGCUCAUAAAGCAACAAUGGCCCUUUCUUUGGCUGAAGCAAGACUUCAGGUGGCAAUGGAUUCAUUAGAAGCAGCAAAGAAAAUAAAUGUUUCCCCAGACUCUUCAGGACAGCGUGACUCUAAAUAUGAUAGUGACGAGGAGGGACUGGCCUCUUUGACAAAAAGGGAAGAAACACUUUUGGUUGCGCAAAAUGAUGUUAAAGAGUGCCAGAAUACAUUGGCCAAUUGCGAGUCAGAACUGAAACGGGUGCAAUGCAGAAAAGAGGAGCUGCAGAAGGAAGUAGAUACAUUAAAUGAUAUUGCAGAGAAAGCAGAACUUAUUGCUUCAAAGGCAGAAGAAGACGUGGCAAGCAUAAUGCUUUUGGCAGAACAAGCUGUUGCCUUUGAACUUGAAGCUGCUAAACGUGUAAGUGAUGCCAAGAUUCCUUUACAGAAAGCAGAGAAAAUUAUUUCUUCACAAAUUGAUAUCCCAGAAAUAUCAACUCAACCAAGUGGGUCUUCCUCUCAAGGCUAUGUUUCAAGUGAAGAGACAAUCAUCGAGGAGGAAGGGGUGAAUCAGCAAAAGUCAGGAGAUAACACUAUUGGAAAGGAUGUGGAUCUAGUGGUUGAAAUUGAUUCUUUGUUAGGUGAUGUUACACCUCCAAGCCAGUUUGGUGGACCUGGAAAGGGUCUGGAAGACUCUAGUUUAUCUUAUGAAAGUGAUCAGGAUAACAAGAAACCAAGUUCUGAAUCAUUAAAAGAAAUUGAAUCAGAUUUGGAGAAGUCCAAAAUUACGGCUCAAACAAAAAAGCCUGAUAUUCAGAAGGACUUUACCAGAGACGGAUCACCCCUUAAUUCUCCCAAAGCAUUACUGAAGAAAUCAUCUCGUUUCUUUUCUGCUUCUUUCUUUUCUUCGGAUGACACAGAGUUCUCACCAACAUCAUUUUUCCAAGGUCUUGUGGAAUCUGGUUGGAAGCAAUUGCCUAAGCUGAUUGUUGGUUCAUUGCUUAUUGGUGCUGGGGUUGCCUUUUAUAUGAAACGGGCAGAUAGUAUCAACCAAUUAUUUCAACAACCAGAUGUUAUCACCUCAAGUAUUGAUGAAGUGUCAACAACUUCAGAGCGUUUUGUCUACCAAGUUCAGAAAUUGCCAAAUAGAAUUAAGAAACUUAUGAAAAUGAUUCCACAUCAAGAGAUGAACGAGGAAGAAGCUUCCCUUGUUGACAUGUUGUGGCUAUUGCUGGCUAGUGUUAUUUUUGUGCCUGUUUUCCAGAAAAUACCUGGAGGCAGUCCUGUACUUGGGUAUCUGGUUGCUGGCAUUUUAAUCGGACCCUAUGGACUCUCUAUUAUUCGCAAUGUACAUGCUACAAAGGCAAUAGCUGAAUUUGGAGUAGUUUUCUUGCUCUUCAAUAUUGGAUUAGAGCUCUCUGUUGAAAGACUCAGUUCAAUGAAAAAAUAUGUUUUUGGAUUAGGGACUGCUCAGGUGUUAGUGACAGCUGCUGUUGUUGGACUUGUGGCUCACCUAGUUUCUGGACUGCCUGGUCCUGCUGCAAUUGUAAUUGGUAAUGGCCUUGCAUUGUCAUCUACAGCUGUUGUCCUUCAGGUAUUACAGGAACGAGGUGAAAGUACAUCUCGUCAUGGACGAUCUACGUUUUCUGUGUUACUAUUUCAGGAUUUGGCUGUGGUGGUGCUAUUGAUACUUAUACCUCUUAUUUCACCCAAUUCAUCAAAAGGAGGGAUUGGGUUCCAAGCAAUUGCUGAAGCUCUUGGUUUGGCUGCUGUAAAGGCUAUUGUAGCCAUUACGGCAAUAAUCGCUGGAGGACGCUUGCUGCUUAGGCCAAUAUACAAGCAAAUUGCUGAGAAUAAAAAUGCAGAGAUAUUUUCUGCAAAUACGCUUCUUGUUAUUUUGGGAACCAGUCUCCUUACAGCCAGAGCUGGUCUUUCCAUGGCACUGGGAGCAUUUUUGGCUGGUUUGCUUCUUGCGGAGACAGAAUUCUCUUUGCAAGUGGAAUCAGACAUCGCUCCAUAUCGUGGCCUUCUAUUGGGACUCUUCUUCAUGACAGUUGGGAUGUCGAUUGAUCCAAAACUACUUGUUUCAAAUUUCCCUGUUAUUAUGGGUACAUUAGGUCUUCUCAUUGGAGGAAAGACUUUAUUGGUUGCCUUUAUUGGUAGACUUUUUGGUAUUUCACUCAUCUCCGCCAUUAGAGUUGGUCUUCUACUUGCUCCAGGAGGAGAAUUUGCAUUUGUGGCUUUCGGAGAGGCCGUUAAUCAGGGUAUUAUGUCUCCGCAGCUGUCUUCUUUACUGUUUCUUGUAGUUGGCAUCUCAAUGGCCCUCACUCCAUGGUUAGCUGCUGGUGGCCAGUUAAUAGCCAAUCGUUUUGACUUACACGAUGUCCGCAGUUUGUUGCCUGUGGAAAGUGAGACUGAUGAUCUGCAAGAUCAUAUAAUUAUAUGUGGAUUUGGACGUGUUGGUCAGAUCAUUGCACAACUUCUUUCAGAGCGACUAAUUCCUUUUGUUGCCUUAGAUGUAAGAAGUGAUCGAGUAGCAAUUGGUCGAGCACUUGAUCUUCCUGUUUAUUUUGGUGAUGCUGGAAGUAAAGAGGUUCUCCAUAAAGUUGGUGCAGAAAGGGCUUGUGCAGCAGCAAUAACCCUAGACUCCCCUGGUGCAAAUUAUAGAACCGUUUGGGCUUUGAGCAAGCAUUUCCCCAAUGUGAAGACAUUUGUCCGUGCUCAUGAUGUUGAUCAUGGACUCAAUUUGGAGAAAGCUGGAGCAACAGCUGUUGUACCAGAGACUUUGGAACCAAGUCUACAGCUAGCUUCCGCCGUUCUUGCACAGGCAAAACUGCCAAUGUCAGAAAUAGCUGCAGCAAUCGAUGAGUUCAGGUCUCGACAUCUUUCUGAGCUUACCGAGCUCUGCCAAGCAAGUGGGAGUUGUCUCGGUUAUGGAUUCUCUAGCGUGAAGAGCAAAUCGAAAACCCAACCUUCAGAUUCAUCUGAUGAUAAUCAAGGCAUUGAAGGAACUCUGGCAAUAUAAGAGUCUUACUCACAACACAGGAAAAAGAGCAAUAAGACUGGAAAGUGUACAGAAAUUACCCAUAUAGUGCUCCUACAAAACAGAAUACACCAACCCUUACCUCUCUGAAUUGAUUGAUUAGAAGGAGCCUCUUUCAUUUCCUGGUGAGUUUCAGUUGCUUUAACUUGUUAUUAUGUAUGAUCUGCUCAAAAUUAAAUUAUUCUCAUUUCAAUACUAAACUUCUAAUUUCUUUCCAUAAUCUGAAGUUAACUGCGUUUGUUUCUUUA